AUGGACUAUCUAAAAGAAAUCGAAGGCAAACAAGUCCAUGAUCGCGAAUUCGCCUCCAAGAUGUCCGCGGUGCCAAGGCGGCGGCGGAUAUUGGUUCCCGGGCCAAUCAUAGUCGGGGCGGGACCAUCAGGGCUAGCCGCCGCCGCCUGCCUGAAGGAGAAAGGGGUUCCGAGCUUGAUCAUCGAAAAGGCUAAUUGCAUAGCCUCAUUGUGGCAGUUCAAGACCUACGACCGCCUCCGUCUUCACCUCCCAAAGCAAUUCUGUGAGCUUCCUCUCAUGCCAUUCCCUUCAGAUUUCCCUACUUACCCUACAAAGCAACAGUUUGUCACCUAUCUCAAGGACUAUGUGCAGCGUUUCGAUCUGAAACCGGUGUUCAACCGGACGGUCGAGAGCGCUCGGUUCGAUCACCGAAGCGGGCUUUGGAGGGUCGAGACGGUUGGAUUGAAGGCGGAGGGUGAGAUUGAGUAUGUGAGCCAAUGGUUGGUUGUGGCGACGGGAGAGAAUGCUGAGGAAGUUUGGCCUGACGUUGAAGGGUUGAGUGAAUUUUGUGGUCAAAUUGUCCAUACAAGUUCGUAUAAAAGCGGCGAGUUGUUCCGUGGGAAGAAAGUUUUGGUUGUUGGAUGUGGGAAUUCAGGUAUGGAGGUUUGUUUGGAUCUUUGCAACUAUAGUGCUCGUCCGUCGCUUGUGGUCAGAGACUCGGUGCACGUCUUGCCACAAGAGAUGCUUGGAAGGUCAACUUUUGGACUAUCGAUGUGGUUACUAAAGUGGUUCCCCGUGUGUCUUGUGGAUCGAUUUUUGCUUCUCAUGUCACGUUUGAUGCUUGGUGACACUUCUCAGUUCGGACUCACUCGACCAGAGCUUGGUCCUCUCCAGCUCAAAACCAUGUCCGGCAAAACUCCUGUCUUGGACGUUGGAACACUCGCCAAGAUCAAAACUGGAGAUAUCAAGGUAUGCAAGGCCAUAAAGCGACUAACGCACCACGGUGUGGAGUUUAUCGAUGGGAAAGUGGAGAACUUCGAUGCCAUCAUUUUAGCAACUGGCUACAAAAGUAACGUUAUGACUUGGUUAAAGGAGACGAAAAUGUUCUCUGACAAAAACGGAUUGCCUCAAAAACCGUUCCCAAACGGGUGGAAAGGGGAAUGCGGAUUGUAUGCCGUGGGCUUUACUCAGCGUGGCCUGCUUGGCGCGUCUGUUGAUGCAAGGAGGAUCGCACAAGACAUUGAGCACAUCUGGAAAGCUGACCCAACAACGCAUUUCAUCAACAAUAUGCUCUUUCAUACCACCACCACUACUAGAACUCCUACUACUCGUCCACCGACACAAACAAUAUUAUCAUGA